GUAAUUAGUGAACCACCGCCUCAACGCAAGGCCAAAGAAAACGAUGGGUUUCACUUUCACUUUGGAGAGUUCCAGUUCGUGCCAUCCACCUCCUCUUCUAUUCGUGACACGAGUCGAUGUCAGUCAUUCUAAAGCCACCAGCAACGCUUACACGCUCGGAUCGCUCUACACGUAGCAGGCUCGUUUGACUGCUGACACGUCACAAUAUUUGGUCCAAUAACAACCCAGCACCGGUCCAAUAAAAUAACGUUUUUGUCUUUAUAUCGUUCUUCUUCUUCUUCUUCGCUAUCUAUAAAAGAGAGAGUAAAGCCUGAGACAGCUGAAAAGAGAUUGGUAGCGAUAAUAUGUUUCUUCGUGCUAAUUCUACUUUUGUGAAGCCGACUAAUUUGGCGGGUGUUCUCCAGCGAUCACCGGUGGUGGGACCGACUAGGAGCAGUGGGCCCAGGUUCUACAGCAACAGCAGCGGCAUGGACAAGCAGCAGGAAGCACCUGCUUACAACACCGAAGAUGCCAUGUCUUCCUCAUUCGGAGAGGGAUAUGCUACUCGCUCCGACGAAGAAGGAUUUGGGGGGAUUUACCCCGGCGCUCAGAAAUUCAAGAACGAUGAGGAGGAGGUCGAUCAAAGUGGUCCUGACUAUGGCAAGGCUCAAGGAAGUGAGGUGAAGGAGAAGGAGAGUCAGGAGACCGGCCGGAACCAAUGCAAAGAUGCAACAUGUAACUAGAUAUAAGAGAGGACGCUAGAGUUAUUAUUAUUAUUAUUAUUAUUAUUAUUUUUUGGGGAAACAAUUCCUCUUUCGAGAGGGUGGUUUCACCAUUUUUUUUUUCCGUUUUUAUUUUCCUUGUUUUUUUUUAACGAUGCGAUGUUUGAGUAAUGGACUUGUGUGGCAGACAGUAGACUAUUUACAGUGUGACCGGUGGGAUGUAAUAUUGCGAAAUUAGUAUGUACAUGUUCAUAUCAAAGGGCUAACCGUUUUUGUAGA